CCACAGUGCCACCGCAAUCAGCAGGAACGUCAAAUUUGACAAUUCCUUUUCCUUGUCAAUAAAAUUGAUUCCAAAAACUAAUUUGCCCGUACGUGCACAUGCGAAAACAAAGCACGAAAAAGCGGCAUUUAAUAGUCCAUACGCUAUAAGGAAAGCUGUUCGUGCAUUUCGCUAACUGUGAAGAUGGAUCCAGAACUGAAGAAGGCAUUUACUGAAAUGCAGGUGAAUAAGAUCGAAUCGACAAAGAAGAUUCGCCUGCUUCACAUGAAAACGGAUAGUCUGAAGCUUUCGAAGCAGCGACUCGAAGUGACGAACCGACACAUCUCCAGCCUUGCUCCCGAUACCAGAGUGUAUGCCUCGGUUGGGCGUAUGUACGUGCUGAACGAUGUCCCAACGUUGACCGAGCAGCUUAAAACGACCCAAGCUUCCUACGAAGAAAUGAUCGCACAGUGCGAGAAGAACAAAGACUUCUUGAUUAAAAAUCUCAAGGAGCAGGAAGAAAGUCUACGCGAGCUGGUGCAACAGAAGAAGGCGGAGACGACCGAAACGAACGGGAAACCAGCGGAAUAGUCGCACAACGUUACGAUUUAACCUCAACGAACAAUAAAUUAACAAUCCACUCAACAUC